AUGGCAUAUCCCGUAAUAUUUGGCCAUGAAAAUGGGAAUCCUUUCUCUUUUCGUGAUAAACAAAUUAAGGACGGAAAGAUACUCGGAUUCUUCGAGAAGUGUGGCUCCUAUGUCAAUUCUAUCGGAGCAUAUAUUGGGCCAAUUUCACUUCCACACCCAUUCAAAACCAUAGGUCCAUUUGGUAACCGGGAUCGAAAUUCUUGGGACGACGGAAAGCAUCCAGACAUAAGGCAGAUCGAUGUGGUCUUUGAUACAGAAGUUGAGUCUAUCAGCAUCAUUUACGACAAUCAUGGUCACCACACAAUUCCCUUCGCACACGGUGAAAAUGGUGGAGGCAAAUUCUACUCGGUUAGGUUGGCCUAUCCGUAUGAGUACUUAAGAUUGAUCUCGGGCUACCUGAGAGAACAUCUUGGCAAACUCAUUCUACAGUCAAUCUCAUUCAACAGUAACACGAGAAAGUAUGGACCAUUUGGUCGAGAGGUUGGGAUACCAUUCAGUGGUCCUUCAACCGGUGGCAAGAUUGUGGGAUUCUACGGAAGCUGCAAUGGCCAUCUUGAUUCCAUUGGAGCGUAUCUUGAACCAGUUUCUCACAAACAUCCUAUGAGAACUGUCGGACCUUUCGGAGGUAACGGUGGAAGCCCUUGGGAUGAUGGGCAGCAUAUCGGUUUAAGGCAAAUCAUUAUCAGGUACGGAGAUGUGGUUGAUUCCAUUAAAUGCGUAUACGAUGGCAAUGGAACCUCUUUGGAAGGAUUGAAGCAUGGUGCAGAUGGUGGCCUCCUGUUAGCACCUCAUUUUAGCUCACCAAUUCAAGCAAUGCAUAUGAGCAAUGAUUCAGGCCCUGACUUGAGCAUUGAUGCAGAAAAGCGUUCGAUAGAGCAGCAAAUUGCUCUUCAUCCUCAAGUCAACAAAAACAGGCAGAUGAUUCAAGCAUACGACAGAAGAGUAUACAGAAUAUUCUAACAACAUACAGAGCAAACAGGGAGCCUAAAAGGUAUCCAAACCGGUGUUUUCAGAAUACAUCGCCGACAGUGUUAUUUUCUGCUGAUUCGCUCGAUCAUCAGAAAAUAUCCAAUAUUGGACUCCAAAAAUCCCUCACUGCACCAAAUAGAUGAAAAGUGUCUCUGAACACAUUUCGCAGAUCAUCUGCUCUAUACAUAACAACUUUCUGCAUACAGAUAACUUUUCCGUGGGAGUUCAAAAACGUCAAUUCACCAGAGAAAAGUUAAUGCCCGCUGUCAGAUGCAGUCACAUCCAA